UCUCAUCCAAACCCACGUUGCCGGAAAUUCCAAAUUCUUGCCGGAAAGUCAUGACCCAACAAAAAUUUCCAGCCACUCACCCAGCGGAAUUUCCAAAAUACGGUCAGAAGAUCAUUAGGCAACAGCAAUUUUUAGGUGAGGACCAAAAGACGCCUGCAGAGAAGUUCGCACCCCUCGCUGCUGUUUUCAGGCGCCGGCUGGUUGUUGGGAUUGCAUCGGCUUCGUUGGUUGCAUUUGGUGCCAAUUUUGGGGGAAUUAUGAGUUCGGUGCUCGGAUUAUCUCCUGAAAGUGGCCGGAAUCUUAAACUGGAUGUGAUUUAUCCCAUUGAUGGUUAUUCUAGAUGCUACGAGCCCUCUAAGGGCUUUGAAUUUAUUUAUCCGUCAAGCUGGGUCGGAGAUCGAAGAUUAUUAUAUAGAGCAGUCGAAAGGGCAGAAUUGGAAAGAUCACUCGACCCCCCACCUGUUGACGAUAGCCUCCCGCCCCGCAAUUUCACAGAGCCGGUCGUCGCAUUUGGACCACCAGGAUCAAGUGGCGAGCUCAACGUCAGCGUCAUCGUCUCUCCAGUCCCUUCCAAUUUCUCAAUCGAAGACUUUGGUGGUGAAAAGGAGAUUGCUGAGAAAAUAGUUAAAAAGAUCACCGGCAAACGCUCAGAUAUCACAGCAACCGUGUUCGAUUCAAAGGCAACUCAAGAUCCCAUGAGCAGAAUCAAUUACUAUAACUUGGAGUUUAAAGUCGAAAGUCCUUCAUUUUGCAGGCACAACGUUGCGGUUUUUGCGGCAAAAAAUGGCCGGCUGUUCACGAUAAAUGCACAAACACCAGAGGCAAAGUGGCCUAAAGUGCAACAAGGGUUCUACAAAAUUGCAGAUUCGUUUAGCUUGAUUUCUUGACCGAGGACUAACUAGGUCUUAAAAUAAAAGGAAAACUGCAUCCUCAUUCACAGGUUUUGUAUAAAGAUAUAAGCAAGGAAAAUUGUUUCAUGCAGACUGGAUCACGUUUCUAGAAUAUGCAGAGGUAUAAAGAUGGAUGCAAAUAGAUGGUCCAUCUAAAAACAAGUG